GGACGGGGUCCAGACCUUUGGAGGUCGACGUUGUGAAAAAUCACGACGACGGAGGUCUGGGAUAGUCGAGUCGUAGGAGACUUGUGUGGCCCCCUCCUCUUCAUGCCUCCCCCCCCCUCCUCGCUGCGCAGCCAGGUGCUCCGGGCGGACCUCGGGGAGUGCAGGCCCCUCCUCAGGGACGGCGCCUGGUCGGACCUGCCCGCACGCCCGUCGGCCGCGGACCUGCUGAAGGCGCUGUCGCCGAGCAAGAUACUGCAGAAGGUGGUCUCGAGGUACGACUGCACGCGCAUGCCUUUGGACGCCAGGAUUACGCUCAGUGACGUCGUCUACAUUCUCGACCUCGUCAGAUCGAGGCCCAUGGUCUUCAAGGAGUCGCUGUGUGUGCUGGACCCCCUGCACGACUCCCCGGAGGAUUCCACGCACGUCCUCGCUUCCGCGCUGGGCAGUUCCCACGUGGGCUCCACCAUGGAGGUGAACCGCGACGCCCGGCUCACGAGCAGCCUGGUGCUCCGGGUGUGGGACGUGCACCGCCGGCUCUUCAAGGCCAAAGCGAGGCUGGGGCGGAGCACCGCGUACAUGCAGGCGGCCCGCCUCUGUCCAGGCCUCCCAG